AUAUCUCUCCUCUGCAGAGAAGAAAUAGGAGCGGCGGUGGAGAGGGCAAUAACACACACACAAAAGAAUAAAACAAAGGCAUGUGACGCCAAUCAAACACCAUACAUGUAAGAUACAACACAGAGACGAAAAUUCAAUUGUCUAAACGAAAAGACGAGAGUACCCUUACCGGCACACCGACGCGACCUUGUGAAAACGCUUCGUUGCCCACAUGUCGUUGCACAAUUAUUUAGCGCGGUCCUCGGCCUCUUGUCAUGGUAAAUCCAUUACAGCGACAGGGUUGUAAUCGUCUCGACAACAAAAUUGUCUUUUUAUCUCUCUCUCCCCGUCCGCCUCCUCUGAAUUGCUUAUUUGGCUGCACUCUCAAUUCCUAAAUUUUCUCGGAGAUCUUAUUUUUUAGCUGUCAAAAUUUUUCCUUAUUUCUUUUUUGUCGACUCUAGAGUAUAUGUUGUUUGGUUUUGUUUAGUCACCACCAAAAACAAAAAAAAUAUCUCUCAAGGGCUUUUAAUCCUCCCUUUAGUUUCCUUUUUCUCUCUUCCGAGAAUUGGGAGGAUUUUAAAAGCUCUUGUAAAAAUCCAAGAAUCAAACAAAGGAAGUGAAUCAUUCAUUGCCAUCAUCUUCGACGAGUUCAGUGAUAUAACCCAUCAUCGAAGUAUUUAGAAUGCCGGAGAAAGGAGUGAUUUUGCCUCCGGUGCCGAGCCAGUUGGUGCUUCUACGGCCGAGCCAUUUGCUUCAAUGGCGGCUUGGUGCUCUAACAGCACUCGUCUUCUUCCUCAUGGUAGUGUUUUGGAGCAUUGAUGGUUGUUCCAUUCAAAGCUUCGUUGAGCCAUGGAGAUUCAAUGCUUACUCUGUUCGUAUUAGUCCUUCUCCGUCGCCCUCUCUUCGGAUCAGUACUUCUCCGUCGCCUUUUAUGUCACCUAAACCCAAUCUAGAAUCAGAGAAACUUCAGCGCCACAAUCUCACUAUACACGCGACGAAGGUGGUUCCACGGAAUCUGGAUCCCAAGGAGACGAAUCUUACUUCGAACACGACCCUGGUUCGAUUCGGGUGGAUUGCCGCCGAACUGGGAAAUAAUUUCACGGCGAAGUUGAUGAGAAAUUGGUUGGCUCCGGGAGGAGCGCCGUGCAGAGAAGCGAAAACCGUCGAGAUAUCAGUUCCCGGCGUCGACGGGGUUGAUUCGUUAGAGUUAACCGCCGGUGAGAUCCAUGAAUUCAAAUUCCAAGCCUUGGAUGAAUCUGGUAAACACGUUUGCAUCGGUGGGGACUAUUUCGAGACUGAUUUAUCCGGCGAGAGUUGGAAAUCGAGGCCUCCGGUAAAAGAUUUCGGCAAUGGAACUUACUCUUUCUCGUUACAGGUUCAUCCUGAGUUCGCCGGAGAAUACAAUCUCACCGUCAUUUUGCUCUUCCGUCACUUUCAAGGCCUUAAGUUCAGCACUUCACGUUUAGGCUUCGAUCGGAAGCUUCGUAACGUCCGGUUACGAUUCGUGAAGAAGCAUGACGUUACUCUGCCGGCGCUCAGGGCAUGUAAAAGAUCUGAUUUUAACAGAGAUGCUUGGUCAGGACGAUGGACUAGACUAGGGAAGAACGAUGAGUGUCAGAUCAGCAAUGACGGGCGUUACCGCUGCCUCGCCGCAGAUUUCCCUUGCCGGAAACCGUGGUGCGACGGAGCGGUUGGAGCAAUAGAGAGCAAUGGUUGGGUUUACUCUAGCCAUUGCUCUUUUGAGCUAUUCUCUGGUGAUAAGGCUUGGGAUUGCUUGCAAAACAAGUGGAUCUUCUUCUGGGGGGAUUCCAAUCACGUCGAUUCGAUCAGAAACUUGCUGAAUUUUGUAUUGGGUCACCCGGAGAUCCCCGCUGUCCCGAGGAGAUUCGAUUUGAAGUUCUCGAAUCCGAAGAACUCGUCGCAGACGGUUAGGAUCACGAGUAUCUUCAACGGUCAUUGGAAUGAGACAAAGAACUACCAGGGCCUUGAUUCCCUUAUAGACUGGGACUUUAGAGAAUUGCUCAAGAAGUACUUCACGGAAGACCGUGUUCCCGACGUGAUGAUCGUGAACUCGGGCCUACACGAUGGGAUUCAUUGGAAGAGUCUUAGAGCCUUUGCAAAAGGAGCUGAAACCGCAGCUACAUUUUGGAGAGAAGUUUUUGACAAGGUCAAAAGCAGGGGAUUGCAACCGCCUGAGGUGAUUUUCAGGAACACAAUCGCCACAGGAGGCUACGCGAGAACGUUAGCGUUUAACCCAAGCAAAAUGGAGGCGUUUAACGGAGUGUUCCUCGAGAAAAUGAGAGACUUAGGAUUGGUCACAAGCGUGGUGGAUAACUUCGAUAUGACGUAUCCGUGGCAUUACGAUAACCGGUGCAACGACGGAGUACACUACGGAAGAGCUCCAGCGAAAAUGAAGUGGAGGGACGGUGAGAUAGGACAUCAGUACUUUGUCGAUUUGAUGCUCGUUCACGUAUUGCUGAAUGUAUUGUGUGUGAGAUAGAGAUGGUCAAGUUUGGUUUAGGGAGACUCAGGGAUUCUUUAUUUAUGUGUAGACUUUUUUCUUUUUUCUUCCUUUUGGAGUAUAGAUUAUUAUUAUUUGGGAAAACUCAACUCAAGCUUGAGUUUGAUUGUAUAAUAGUGAGAGAUUUGAGCAACAAGUGUAUGUGUACUAUACAUAUCUGGUUGACAUUUUCUGAUAAUAAUGAUACUAAAAUAGGAACAAGUUUAUAAUU